AUGUUUCUAUCCAGACCUUUUACUGCUCGUCAUUUUUAUUCUACUAUUGCUUGUCAAUUAAAAAAAAAGCCUUUAAACAGUCAACCUAUUGGCUAUUUAACAUUGCCUGGUUUAGUUAAAUACGAAACUGCUUUAAAAUUACAGUCUUAUUUAGUAGCAAGACGUCAUCAGAUAACACAAGGACAGUUAGUGACAAACCAACCAGCUGAUAUCAUUUGCUUCCUGGAACACCCACCCACUUUCACUGCAGGCAGACGUAUUCGAGGAAAGACAGAAAUGGAUGAAGAAGAGCGUCUUAGAAGCUUAGGUGCUGAUUAUUUCGAGACAAUGCGUGGAGGACAAAUUACAUUUCAUGGCCCAGGACAAUUGAUUGCUUAUCCUAUUCUUGAUAUCCGAGAUUACCAGCUUAAUGUGAGAUGUUAUGUAUCUCGAUUAGAAAAGACAAUCAUUGAAUGCUGCGCAAAAUACAACAUCAAGACAAACACAACAGAGAAUACAGGUGUUUGGGUAGGCGAAGAUCAUAAAAUAGCUGCCUUGGGUGUUCAUUUGCAACGUUAUGUGAGUAGCCAUGGACUAGCACUCAACUGUAAUGUGGAUCUUGAUUGGUUUAAACAAAUUGUACCUUGCGGGUUAGUAGAAAAAGAUGUAACAUCUCUUUCAAAAGAACUUGGCAAGAACAUUACAUCUCAAGAUGUGAUUCCCAACUUGGUUUCAAGUUUUCAAGAUUUAUUUUCCAAAGAACUUAUCUCUGUUGACAAAAGCAUAUUAUCAAAAGAACUCAUAAACGAAUUAUACUAA